AUGAUUCCUGGGGAACCAAAUGCGGCUGCUAAUCGUCAGGACGAGAUUGAGCGCAAGAAGAACGAAAUCCUAAUGCUUAAGUCGUGUUUGAAUAUGAAGCGUCUCAAGCUCAGUGUAGCUAUCAAUGAUAUAAAAAACUACUGUUUCGAGCAUGUGGAUGCCGACCAGCUCAUUAAUGCCUCCAAAGACGAUCCAUUCAAAAAUAAGAGGAAGUGUUCCCUGUUCUGA